GCCCUACUCCUUAAGGCCCCAAGGCCUCUCUUUCUCCUCUUUUUCCCUUCGUUUCAGGGUAUUUGAUGAACAAGGCAUUGUCAUUAUCCUCCGCCGCCGCCGCCGGCAAGCGAGUUGCGCCGCUCGUCGGCAAUUUCCAGGGGAGUUUCAACAUGGAGCAAUUCUUCCGCCGGAAAGACAAGGUGGUUUUCGUCAUGGGUGCGACCGGAACGGGUAAAUCCCGAUUGGCUAUCGACUUAGCCACUCGUUUUCCGGCGGAAAUUGUCAACGCCGACAAGAUUCAAGUCUACGAAGGGCUUGACGUUGUCACUAACAAAGUCACCGACGAAGAACGCCGUGGAAUUACUCACCAUUUGUUGGGAUCGAUCGAUCCGUAUACAAAUUUCUCCUCCCAUGAUUUUACCCAUCAUGCUUCUGAUGCAAUUGAAUCGAUUUUGGCACGUGAUCGUCUUCCGAUCAUUGCUGGUGGCUCGAAUUCGUACAUUGAAGCUUUGGUUGAUGAUUAUUCCGAGUUUCGAUUUCGAUAUGAUUUCUGUUUUUUGUGGGUCGAUGUGUCGUUGCCGAUUCUUCAUAAUUUCGUCUCUGAUCGUGUUGAUCAGAUGGUCGAUGGCGGAUUUGUCGGAGAAGUGAGGGAGAUUUUUGAUCCGAAAGGAGAUUAUUCUUAUGGGAUUAAACGAGCCAUCGGAGUACCGGAAUUACACGACUAUUUGAAAGCAGAACGUGACGGCGCCGACGAGAGGACUUUGUCGAUUCUUCUUGAAUUGGCAAUCUCGAAGAUCAAGGACAACACUUGUCUAUUGGCUCUUCGACAAUGGCAGAAGAUUCGUCGCCUUCAAAAUAAACGAAAUUGGAAUCUCCAACGCCUCGACGCCACCGGUGCAUUUUUUACCGAAGGUGGAAACUCCCACCCCGUAUGGGAGAAAAACGUCAUCGAACCUAGCUCGAUGAUCGUAGAUAAAUUCCUCCACGAUGAUACCCGCCAUAUCACCACCACCAUCUUCUCACCGGAGCCGGUCCACCGCGCCGCCGCCGUAAGUCGUUAAAGUGAAGAAAAAAACUGCCUGGACCCCACAGAAUCUACACUCCACAUCAACUCGUUGACACAGUUCCCGCGUUCCACGUGGCAGGCUUCUGGUUUUACCUUU